CUCGCCGAAAGCUAAACAACAAAACAGAACACUCAGAAACAUAUGGAACUCUUACUACUCUCCCCUAAUCUCUCAAAGCCAGAAACACGAACAAGAACAAAACUAAGCACAGAAUCAAAUCUUCAUGGCCACCACGGCUCCCUCCUCUCUCCACCAAACAUUUCUAUCCCCAAAACACCCUCGCUUCAACCCCAAUUCCCAUCUCUCUCCUCCUCGUCUCCGCUUCAGCUCUCUCCCCAUUCGCGCCACCUCUGCAAUAACCCUACAACAGGAGCAGAGCUUGAGCACCCAUAAGAGUCAAAGCUCAGGCCUUGAGUUUCUGUCAUGCCCAGUUUGCUAUGAACCGCUCAUACGAAAAGGCCCAACUGGUUUGAACCUGGAAGCAAUAUACAGGUCAGGUUUCAAGUGCAAGAAAUGUGACAAGUCGUAUUCCAGCAAGGACAUUUACUUGGACCUUACUGUUACUGCUGGGUUGAAGCAGUAUGUUGAGUUCAACCCAGCUGGGACUGAGCUGUUUAGAAGUCCACUUGUGUCGUUUUUGUAUGAGAGAGGUUGGCGCCAGAACUUUAGCACUAGUGGAUUUCCAGGUCCUGAUGAAGAGUUUAAAAUGGCUCAGGAAUACUUUAAACCCGCGGAAGGUGGUCUUUUAGUGGAUGUGAGCUGUGGGAGUGGUUUGUUCUCGAGGAAAUUUGCAAAAUCGGAGGCUUAUUCUGCAGUUGUGGCGCUUGAUUUUUCGGAAAAUAUGCUUCGACAGUGCUAUGAUUUUCUCAAAAGAGAUGCUACUCUUUUGGCUACGAAUCUUGCUCUUGUAAGGGCAGAUGUUUCAAGGCUUCCAUUUGCAUCAAGUUCAGUCGAUGCUGUCCAUGCCGGUGCAGCACUGCACUGCUGGCCCUCUCCUUCAAAUGCCGUUGCUGAAAUCACACGUGUAUUACGAAGUGGUGGUGUCUUUGUUGGAACCACUUUCCUUCGGUAUACUCCAACCACUCCCUGGUAUAUCAGGCCAUUCAGAGAGAGGAUUGCUCAGGGCUCCAGCUACUUAACGGAGGAAGAGAUACAGGACUUGUGUACAUCAUGUGGUCUCACUAACUACUCGAGCAAAGUUCAGCAAUCCUUCAUCAUGUUUUCAGCUCAGAAACCUUAGUACUAGAAUGGAGUGAGCCUCAGACUACCAGAGGCCAUAGCAGAGGGGCAGGGAGAUCCCCUCGUGCGGCUCAGCCGCUGAAUCUGCAACCCCUAUUUGUUCUUCUAACCAUAUUCACAUCCACAUCAUCUUGUCUCUCCGGAUCUUUGACCAUAGACCACCACCUACGACUUUGAAGUGUUUGUAUGAUAAAAAGAGAAUAUCUUGGGUCAGUUCCAAUACACACUUAAGCUUUUGAACCCUAGACGUUUUGCUUUGGUUUGUAUUUGAAACCCUGGUUCUUUGGAUCCCUUGCACGUGAGCUUCUUGCUUACUAUAAUUCCUUUCUUCUUUUCAUGGCACGUGAGGCUUGCCCAUCCUCCCUCUUCUUUGAUUCUGUUUUUCUUUCUUCCUUUCAAUUUUGUUUUAGAUAGUUGCUUGUGUGUAUUUACUUGGAUAUUUGCUUCUUUUAUUUGGUGUACUCGUGCAUCUUGUAUGAAUUUCAUU